CAUCAUGUCCAGAUCAGAAGCAGCAGAAAUGACCAAACAUUUCCAGGAUUCCCAGGGAAUCAUCCUGGAAAUCAGCAGGAUUCAUGUUGGAGAGGAACUUCCUGUUGCUCAGAGAGUAAAUGCUGCUUGGCUGCUGUGCAGGGCUGCUGCUGGGCAGGAUGGGAGAGCGUGGCGCUCCGCUGGUCAACGUCUGUCAGUGCAUCAACGAGUGCGUGAUGAAGAUCAUCAACGCUGCUGUGUGGUACUUCCCGUUUGGGAUCAUCUUCUUGGUUGCGGGGAAGAUCCUGGACAUGCAGGACCCGAGCACGCUGGGGAAGAAGCUGGGCUGGUACGGCAUCACCGUCCUCACCGGCCUCUUCGUCCACGGCCUCGUCCUCCUCCCUCUCUUCUACUUCCUCCUCACCAGGAAGAACCCGUUCAGCUACAUCCGGGGACUUCUGCAGGCCAUGGUCAUCGCGCUGGCCACCUCCUCCAGCUCUGCCACGCUGCCCAUCACCAUGAAGUGCCUGCUGGAGAACUGCCACGUCGACCGGCAGAUCGCCCGCUUCGUCCUGCCUGUUGGAGCCACCAUAAACAUGGACGGCACGGCACUGUACGAGGCUGUGGCGGCCAUCUUUAUCGCUCAAGUCAACGAUUAUGAGCUGGACCUCGGCCAGCUGGUCACCAUCAGCAUCACGGCCACAGCCGCCAGCAUCGGAGCCGCCGGCAUCCCUCAGGCCGGACUGGUUACCAUGGUGAUCGUCCUCACCUCUGUGGGCCUGCCGCCUGAUGACAUCACUCUGAUUGUGGCCAUUGAUUGGAUCCUCGACAGGUUUCGCACCAUGAUCAACGUCCUUGGCGACGCCCUGGCCGCAGGCAUCAUCGCACACCUGUGCCGAAAAGAUUUUCCUCUGAGCGAAACAGGAAAGGCGGUUCCGUCGUAUGGAACCCAGAACCGCCACAGCAACUCCUACAGCAUCAGCGUUCCCAUGACGGAGAUCCACUCCCACCGGCUCCCGCCGGGCGACCCGCCGGGCCCCCACCAGGCGCACACCGUCUACUACAACAUCUGCCAGGUGUGAUGGACCAGAACCGGGUCAGGCUCCUCAGACCACCUGGUCUGGGACCGGAGAAGAACCGGAGCCGGACUCUCCGUUCCGCUCUUCGACCAGCCGGUCCUUCUGGAAGUGAGCUCCAGAUGGGGGUCAAAGGUCGCUCAGACCAAAAUGAUCCACCUCAUCCUGCUGGUUGGGGGCAGGUUGUCUCACCACUGGAACCGGGUCAGAACCUGACAGAAUCCUUUCAUGCAGACGGAUCGUCUUUGUUUUUGUGGCUGAAAAAAACGAUCGACUCCGAAGCCGGGAGGAUUCCCACACAGCCUGGUUCUCCAGAACCGACCGGAUCCAGAACCUGCAGGGAUCCAGAACCUGCAGGGAUCCCGGUUUGGGAUUCAAACCUUGACCUUUGACAUGCAAGGAGACUGGAUCCGGAGUUCUGAUCCGGAUGCGUGUGGCAGCAGAACGGAGCGAUCUGAUUGGCUGGUGGUGCUGGCCCCGGUCAGGGGUCAAAGGUAAUGAAUAAGUCCAAGUGCUCUUCGUCGCGGCGCUCCUCUUCCUCGGCCGCGUGAAGCCACCGUGCUUUAACUGCUCCUCUGGUUGAGGAUCCUGGGAAUCUAACCGACGUGUUUCCGGCUCAGAGGUUCCGAUUCUGUUCAUCGGGACUCGGAUCAGAACCAGAGGCGGUUCUUCGGUUCUCAGAUGAU